AUGGCUCAAGACCGUCAAGACACUAUUGUCGAGGAUCAGGGUGUUGACCUUCCGGACAUAGGAAGUUUUAACCCAGACACAAUCACACCACCCCUGAAACACCGAGUCGACCUACACGCAUGGAUCAACAAGGCCGAGAGAACUUUACGGGGCCAUAACCUUCACAACCUGAUCAACACAAACAUACCCUGGCCAUAUCCCAGCGAUCCCAACGUCGAGAAAUGGAGAUCGCUCUCCUUACAAGUGCGUGAAUGGCUAUCAAGCAGUAUGGACCCUGCACUAUUACAGGAGAUUGAGGCUCGUGGAACACCUACGGAUUUUGCCGAUGACUUUAUUGCUGAAGUCAAGAAGCACAUGAAGAGUCAAACCCACGGAGCUUUGAAAGCAGCUGUGCAUAGCUUCAGGAAACUUUCACGCAGCCAAUUUACGACGAGCGAAGAGUUCCUCCGCACUUUGAAACGCCAAUACCGAGCGAUCUGUGCUCUUAACGGAAAUCUCCCCCCUUACUACCCUCUAGAAGCGAUGCUUUCGGAACUUGCGGAGAUACCUGAACUGAGCGUCUUCAUUUUGGUCAAAGACAACGAGCUAAAUGCCAUUGAAGAUCCGGUUGAAACCAUCACUAUUAACGAUUUCUAUCGGUAUAGUACUGCUAUUCUGGACUAUAUAAAGUCCAGAAAUGCGGAUUAUUUUACACUCUAG